AUUCAAGUUAGCAUACCACGUUUGCGUUAGUUUGUUGCUAGCAAUUAUUAAGUGCGACGUAUGCAAUCAAUCAUGCAAUCAAUUUUACUCUUUUUAUUGUUCCUUUUUUUUCAAGUAAUACGGUCGCAAAAUUAUGGAACACAACAAUCUGUUAAUGAUCCAUAUAAAACUAAUACUGGAAUAUUUAAUUUUAAUAACAUUUUAAGAAAUGGUUUAGCAACAGGAGUAUCAACAGUAGAAACAGGUUCUAACAUUUUGCAACAACCAUUAAGAGCAGCAACCAACCUAUUUCAAUAUGCUCCUGAAAGUGCAGCAAAUAUACAACCGGGACAAUACAAUGAGAAUCCAUACAACAGUUCCCCAUAUAAUGAAAAUUUAAAUCCUAUUCAACAAGGAAUAAAUACUGCGACAUCCAAUUUUAAUAACAUUAUGGGAGCUGGUUUAACAUCAGGAAUAAAUGCAUUAGAAGCCGGAGCUAGUAUUCUACAACUACCAUUACAAGCAGCAACAAACCAAUUUCAAUAUGCUCCUGAAGGUGCAGCAAAUAUACAACCGGGACAAUAUAAUGAGAAUCCAUACAACAGUUCCCCAUAUAAUGAAAAUUUAAAUCCUAAUCAACAAGGAAUGAAUGCAUUAAAAGCCGGAGCUAGUAUUCAACAACUACCUUUAUAUGCAGCAACAAACCAAUUUCAAUAUGCUCCUGAAGGUGCAGCAAAUAUACAACCGGGACAAUAUAAUGAGAACCCAUAUAACAGUUCCCCAUAUAAUGAACAUUUAAAUCCUAAUCAACAAGGAAUGAAUGCAUUAGAAGCCGGAGCUAGUAUUCAACAACUACCAUUACAAGCAGCAACAAACCAAUUUCAAUAUGCUCCUGAAGGUGCAGCAAAUAUACAACCGGGACAAUAUAAUGAGAACCCAUAUAACAGUUCCCCAUAUAAUGAACAUUUAAAUCCUAAUCAACAAGGAAUGAAUGCAUUAGAAGCCGGAGCUAGUAUUCAACAACUACCAUUACAUGCAGCAACAAACCAAUUUCAAUAUGCUCCUAAAGGUGCAGCAAAUCUACAACCGGGACGAUAUAAUGAGAAUCCAUAUAACAGUUCCCCAUAUAAUGAAAAUUUAAAUCCUAUUCAACAAGGAAUAAAUACUGCAACAUCCAAUUUUAAUAACAUUUUAAGAAAUGGUUUAGCAACAGGAGUGUCAACAGUAGAAACAGGUUCUAACAUUUUGCAACAACCAUUAAGAGCAGCAACAAACCAAUUUCAAUAUGCUCCUGAAGGUGCAGCAAAUAUACAACCGGGACAAUAUAAUGAGAAUCCAUAUUAUAACAGUUCCCCAUAUAAUGAAAAUUUAAAUCCUAUUCAAAAAGGAAUAAAUACUGCAACAUCCAAUUUUAAUAACAUUAUGGGAGCUGGUUUAACAACAGGAGUAACAGCUUUAGGAGGAGGAGCUGAUAUAUUGGGUCAACAAUUAAAUGGAGCUACUAACUUAGUACAAAAUAUUCCUAAAUUUACAUCAAAUGGUAUUGAUUUUCUACAAAAUAUUGGUCAAACCGGAACAGAUAUGACAAAUAAUGUCCUGAAAUUAUCAACUGCACCAAUAGUAGCUAAACUUAACAAAUUUGGUAAUGUCCUAAAUGGAUUCUCAAGUUAUUCAGAUCCACAGAAUCAAAUAGAUCAGUCUAAUAAUAUUCAAGUACCAAGUAUGAAUUACGAACAUAGAUAUUAAACAACUUUUUAAUAAUUACAUAUUAUAAACUAAAUAACAUUAUAAUUCUAUUAACUAUAAUAAAUAAAAGGCAAUUAAUUUAACUUCUUCUUUUUUUUUGGUAAAAUUUUAUAUACCAGUCAUAAUAAAUAUCUUUUUGUUUGUACUAAUUUCAUUUUAAAAAUAUUUAUUAUACAUACAAACAUUUUAAGUAUCUUAUAUAUAUUUUAUAUUCAGAAUAAGAACAGGUUUCGGUGGCCGACUUGUGCGCAUGGGCAUGGCUUUACUACGAGCAACGGACCUCGAACACUGCCGCCGGUGGGGCUACAGACGAAAUGUAAAAUGGGCGAUGCCUGACUGCCGCCUGACGAAAACUCGUCGGCUGCCGAAGCCUGUUCUUAUUCUGAAUAGAGUAUGGGUAUGUAUGAAUAUAUUAAAGACACUAGAAUUUUGAAAAAUUCUUAAUAAAAUGUAUUGUUAUUAUUUUUAUCACAACUAUUAUUGUCAAUAAUUUUAAUUGAAAGAUAAGAUUUGGAAUUUUGUAUAAUUUAUUAAUAAAUAAAUACAAUUGCUGACUUUUAA